AUGCAGUCAAUUUUACAGUAUCGUCGUCUCCGCCGAGAGGUGGAAGAGGACUUGGCACACAUCCAAGCCAAACCUUUCAGCUUGCAUUCUAGCACCUCGCCAUCCCUGCUCGAGGCACACACGAAUGCUUAUACGGGCCCCGAAGCAGAAGGGGCAAAAGCUCCAGUUCUAUCAACUGAUAUGCUUCUUGUGCCUGGUGUCACAGUUUCGCACCCAAACGGAGCCAACGGCGACAUUGUCUUGGUGGUCGGCUGGAGAGACAAUGAUCCGAGCAAUCCCCUCAAUUGGUCACUGCUGAAGAAAUGGAUGGUGAUGUUGAUGUGCGCUCUGGUUGCCAUUGCGAUGACGGUUCCCUCAUCCGUCGAGGGUGCGACACAAGAAGCCUUUGACGCCCACUUUGGCGUAAACAGUAUGGCUGGAUCAAUGACGACUGGUAUCUUCCUCAUCGGCAUUGGCGUGGGCUCGCUAUUUUCUGGCCCUUUCUCAGAGACCUUCGGCCGUAACAUCGUUUAUUUGGUUACUCUGGUCCUUGUCAUUGUCUUCACCUUGGCCAAAGCACUAGCGCCAAACUAUGGUGCCGCCCUCGCCUUCCGCUUCAUUUGCGCUCUGUUUGCAGCUGCGCCUAUGACGGUCGCAGGUGGAACUGUUGGUGAUAUCUGGCAACCCUUACAGAUCCCCUUCGGCCUACCCUUGCUCACUCUCGCCGCCUAUAUGGGCCCAAUCUUAGGUCCCGUAAUUGGGGCCUACACGCCAGAGAUUGGGUUUGUUUGGGCUGACUGGAUCUCUAUGAUUCUCGCUGGCGUUAUAUUGAUAAUCGUGAUCCUUGGCCAGCCGGAAACAUUCAGCCCUAUCUUACUAGAAUGGCGUGCUAAGCACUUGCGUGAUCUAACGGGCGAUGGCCGUUAUCGCGCUGAACAUGCUUCCACUUCCACGGGUUCAUUUAGCAAUCGACUGCUAACCAAUGUGUACCGACCUUUUGUCAUGAUCUGGACUGAACCCCUUAUCCUGAUUUUCAGCUUUUAUCUCGUCUUGCUAUACUUUGUGCUCUUCACUUUCCUUAACGGUUAUCCCUUUAUAUUUGCGAACGUGUACGGGAUUUCCACAAGUUUGACUUUUACCAUCUUUGUUGCUAUGAUCCCCGGUGUUCUCGUCGCUCUGGCUUUGGUUCCUGUGCUUUAUAGCCUCACUAAGAAAGCUGCUAGGAAGGCCGAUGCUGAUGGCAAAGCCCUACAGCCAGAGGUGUCUCUCUGGUGGGCUAUGGCGGGAGCUUCUAUUCUAAUGCCUAUCUCACUCUUCUGGAUGGCUUGGACCUGCUACUCCUCUGUCAGUAUCUGGUCACCAAUUGUGGCCUCCGGUAUCUUUGGCUACGCUCUUGUCUGCAUCUUUACUACAACCUAUAUGUACACCAUUUUUGUGUACCUGAAGUAUGCAGCCUCAGCUCUGGGAUUUAUGACCUUUUCGCGAUACGUCGUCUCCGGUGCUCUAAGCCCGGCAUCAGUCAAGAUGUAUGAGAACAUCGGCCCCCACUGGUCGUUGACGAUUGUCGGAAUCGUCGCAACCAUCAUGGCGCCCGUACCCUUUGUGCUGUAUAAGUAUGGCCACAGGGUCCGUGCAAUGAGUAAGAACGCCCAGAACAAGGCUUAA